GCCGGACCGCGGCCCGGAAGUGACGCGCGGCGGCGGCGGGCGCGACCAUGGCGCAUAUCACCAUCAACCAGUACUUGCAGCAGGUCUAUGAAGCAAUUGACACCAGAGAUGGGGCAUCCCUUGCAGAGCUGGUGUCUUUCAAGCAUCCUCAUGUUGCCAACCCGCGGCUUCAGAUGGCUUCUCCAGAAGAGAAGUGUCAACAAGUCUUGGAGCCCCCUUAUGACGAAAUGUUUGCAGCUCACUUAAGGUGCACGUAUGCGGUGGGGAACCACGACUUCAUCGAGGCCUACAAGUGCCAGACCGUCAUCGUCCAAUCAUUCCUACGAGCAUUUCAGGCCCACAAAGAAGAAAACUGGGCUCUGCCUGUCAUGUAUGCAGUGGCCCUGGACCUUCGAAUAUUUGCCAACAAUGCAGACCAGCAGCUGGUGAAGAAGGGGAAGAGCAAGGUGGGGGACAUGCUGGAGAAGGCGGCCGAGCUGCUGAUGGGCUGCUUCCGCGUCUGUGCCAGCGACACUCGUGCUGGUAUAGAGGAUUCUAAGAAGUGGGGAAUGCUGUUUCUGGUGAAUCAGUUAUUCAAGAUUUAUUUUAAGAUCAACAAGCUCCAUCUGUGUAAACCGCUCAUCAGAGCCAUCGACAGCUCAAACCUGAAGGACGACUAUAGCACGGCCCAGAGGGUGACCUAUAGGUACUACGUGGGGCGCAAGGCCAUGUUCGACAGCGACUUUAAGCAAGCUGAGGAGUACCUGUCCUUUGCUUUUGAGCACUGCCAUCGUUCCAGCCAAAAGAACAAAAGAAUGGUCCUCAUUUACCUGCUUCCUGUGAAGAUGCUCCUGGGCCACAUGCCAACUGUAGAGCUUCUGAGGAAGUACCAUCUCAUGCAGUUUGCGGAGGUGACCAGAGCCGUGAGCGAAGGCAACCUCCUCCUUCUGAACGAGGCCUUGGCCGCGCAUGAGACCUUCUUCAUCCGCUGCGGCAUCUUCCUCAUCCUCGAGAAGCUGAAGAUAAUCACCUACAGGAAUCUCUUCAAAAAAGUGUACUUGCUGCUCAAGACCCACCAACUGUCCCUGGACGCAUUCCUGGUGGCCUUGAAGUUCAUGCAGGUGGAGGACGUGGACAUCGCCGAGGUCCAGUGCAUCCUGGCCAACCUCAUCUACAUGGGUCACAUCAAAGGCUAUAUCUCACACCAGCACCAGAAGCUGGUUGUCAGCAAGCAGAACCCCUUCCCCCCACUGUCCACGGUGUGCUGACGACCCCGGCCCGAUGACAGGGGCAGGCUGAUCCUCCCGCCCGGAGUGCGUGCUCUGCAGCGGAGCCUCUCAGGUCUCGUCCCGGGAAUGACAUCCCCAGCAUCACGGCUGACGAACGUCCCCAUCACAAAGGCCUGGGACUCAGGCCUCAAUGCUGCCGCCUCCGCUGGCCAGGCUGCUGGUGACACUCCCCGAAGGCCACUCCGUCUCCCAGGCAGCUGCUGUUUACUUCUCAAGAAGACUGUUUGUGAAGGCGUCUUUGUAACUGUUUCUAUAAAAAAAAAGGUGUUUAAAUUUAUACAGAUGGGAUAUUCUUUAUUGUAUUAUCUGGGACACAUCUAAUUUUAUGUUAAAUUUGAACACUUUGUGUGAUCAAAUGUUUGGUUAACUUAAUGUUUCUUUUUACAAGCUGAAUUUGAUUUAAAUUCCAGGUACUAUAGCUAUUUUUUUUUUCAGAUUACACACGUUUCCUCUGUUUAUGCAAAAACUUACUAAAGAAGAAAAUUCAUGGACUAGAGUGACUCAUCUUUGCAAAGGUGCCGAGUCUGGAGGGGGCUGUGGCCUUUGUGUGGAGAGGGGCUGCCGUGGGAUUUGGACCCCCCUCCCUGAGGCCUGCUCAAGGCCUCCCAUCUGUGCCCCCACGUCUGCCCCUCCAGCAGCCAUACUGAGCAUCCUGGUUUGCUCCGAAGUCUGCAGCCUGUCCUCGGCUUCUCCAUGCAGCUCAUCUGGAGGGCUCUUUGGGGCCCUGCGACCCACCCUGAAGGCGUGUCACCCGGGGAUCUGACCUGGUGCUCGGUGGCCUCUCCAAGCUGAUGGAGCUGGGUUCCGAGAGCGAGGACCCCAAAGAACCAAGUGGAGCUGGAUCCACUCUAAGCCGGGCUCCUGAGUCACAGAGCGUAGCCUCCGCCCCGGGCAUGUCCAGACUUGGGCAUGGGGAUGGGGUGUGCUGGGGGCAGCCUGCCGUCGAUGUCUGGUCACCAGCCUCCCCAGCCCCACCAGUCCCCUGAGCAGGAGAGUGUGGCCUGGGGGAGGUGCAGAUGCCAGGGUGGGACAGUCUCUCCAUGUUUCCUGGGGUGCUGUCCUCACAGCGUCACUGCUCCUCAGGGUCAGGCACGGCCUCCAGUUAGGAUGAGAGCCGCAUCCUCCUUGGAGGGAGACCCUGGACUUCUGUGAAUGUGCCUGGAUCUCAUAGUGUGGAAAGCUGGGUGUUUUCAACACUUUCAGGUACUGUCAUUUUGACCAGUAAGUAGUGACACUGAAAAUCAAGGAGUGACAACGAACGAUAACACGAGGUCAAAGUCGUACUUGGCAAAUCAAAGAAACAGAACCUCAGGCCCGAGUCCGCUGCGUUCCCACUGGUUUGGAAGCCUGUGCAGAGUGGUCGGCCCGGCCUUGAGAACACUGAUGCCAAAGAAGCAGACAGUCUCUGCCAUCUAAUCACAUUCCCUUUUCUUGAGUUUUAUUGUUUUGAUUUGCUUACCUCACGUGACUUGUAACCAUUUUAUUAAUUUAACACUUGAUGGA